AUGUUUAUACUUCAGGUGACAACAGAAUCAGAUUCGCCCCCCUCAACAUCAGUAGGAAGAGGAAGGGGAAGAGGAAGAGGUCGAGGUCAAGGAAGAGGUCGAGGCAUCAGAAGAGGCAGGCGUGUGUUCCAUGCAAGGCAACUGGAGGAAAGAGAAGAGGAAAAUCUCCAACAGCUUCACUUGGAGUGUAGCCAAAAGGCCACUGAACUUAUUGAUCAACUUUCUGGGGAGGAAGCAAAAGAACUGUUGAAUGAAAUGAGUUCCAUCACCCCAUCAGUUGUCCUUGAGGUCAGUGAUAUACUGACAAGGAGGAGAAAUCAAGAAAUGGGUCCACCACCACAACAACCUUCACCUGACAGAGAAGUCCAAGGCUGGUGUGUUUGCAACAACUGCAUGCAGAUGAAUACAGCAAUAGAAAGGGUGUGCUGCGAAAUGAGACCAGAGCUGUGCAUCAGCCUGAGGCCUGAAAUGAAUCUGUUGAUACUUGAUCCGUUCACGCUUCAUCUUCAACAAAGAUUUAGAAAUGACAUUUUUGCUCGAGAGGCUCACACCCCCCAAGAUAUCAACAAAUCAUUGAGACACAGUGCAUAUAGGCAGUACAUUCUGUGGGUUCAUGGACGUCUCCAUCGAGAGGACAGGAGAGUGGUGUCUUCCUGUUGUGUGAAGGCCAUACGAAGGCGGUUCCCUGAUCCCAAUGGCCAGUACAAGGGAUUUGUGCCUGCUUUUGGUGUAGGAUGGUGAACCAUGUCCAAGUGGAAAAAACUACUGUAACAUUUUUCUUUCACAUGUACAUUUUACGAAAUGUUACUGUUCACUUCGUUGUUUAUUUAUGAUGUAUGUCUAUGCAUAAAAGGCCUCUCUACUUAAUUUGUGUCUUUCUUCUUUAUCCGAUGUUUCAAACUUUGCACAAGCACUGAAGUUGGUGGUGGCUCUUUGGGAGCAAUAGUUGACGCAAUAUUUCUAGGGUCUUUUUCUGACAAUACUGUUGGUGCCCCUAGAGGGUUAAGUUGGUAUCCACCACAAUAUUCAUUCACUAUGGCCAUCAUCAACUUUGGUAUGUAAGAGUAUGUCUUUGGUACCUUGACUUCAGCUGAUGUCCAGUUGUUGGAACCUUUGGAAAAUUUUCUCUUGUGUCUAAACAUAAAACGGAAGUUUUAAUCAUCUUAGAACCUAUCACUUUCAUAGUUAAAUUAGUAGAUAACAAAUGCAUUGUGAUGCGUAUCCAUGAAUCAAAAUAACUGUAUAACCGUUUAUCUAUGAUCUCAUUUACAUAACAUACACUUUGUUUCCAUUUUUGUCCCUGACAGGAUCUCGUUCCAAAUGCACGGUGUAGUCAAUUGCUGCCAAAUAGCAUCUACAUUUGUAAGAUUCAUAACUGAAACAAAAGUAUCACAUGUAAAUGAAAUUUGUUAUACAGAGAAGAUGUCUGUGAGCUGUGAGCCAAUGCUCGCUAGUGAUACCCCGCUCUGCUGUGAAUAUUAUACGGUGCAGACACACAAGGGUAAAACACCCCCCCCCCUUUUUUAGAGUGGGGGUUAACUUUCUUAUUAACUUGUUUCAAUUCGGAAAAUGUCUUCAAUAUACACCCCUUAAAUUUUUUUUAAAGGAAAACAGUACCUGUCUUUUGAGUAAUACCGUACAUGUACUUACCUAAAUGCUGACCUCUUUGGCGCAUACAUCAGUAUGUGAUUAUUGAAAGAUGCAAGCUCUGAAGUUGUUCUGCAAAAGUGAAAUGUCCUAUUUUAUC